AUGGAUGAGGAACACUACAGCAAGGAGAUAGAUGGCUUGAGGGCUGAGAUUCAUAGGAAUCCAUUCGAGCCAACGAAAUAUGACAGAUUAAUAGAAGUUUUGCGACAGAAUGGAAAUAAUUCUGAUGGUAUAGAAGUAAAAAGAGCUAAAUCUCAAUACUUCAUGCCUUCCCCUAAAGAAGUAAGUGAAUGGAUAAAUGACUUGAAUUCGAUUGAAGACUAUGUCGACCGAACAACUAGUGUGAUCGCGUUUUACAGACAAUUAAUACUGGACUAUCCUGUAGCCGAAUAUUGGACAAGAUAUGUCAGUUUUGCACUAGAAUUAUUUAAGGAAUCAAAUGAACUCAUAAGCGAGCAAUCAUUGGGGAAAUUAAUAACGCAAGCCUUGCUGGAGGUUGUAUAUGACUUCAACAAUGGCAAGAUUUGGUCGCUCGUUCUUUCGUUUUUUACAUCGGCUUAUGAAACUUCAAAGGAAGCGAGCGACUUGAAAAGAUUGAAUGAACUACACUUGAAAAGAUUGAGUUUUUGUCACAAGGGCCUUGAUGACUCCUUCUCAGAAUACUCGGCAUUCAUUUCAAAGUUUGAUAAUGAAAACUACGACAAAUGUAUGAUAGCUGCCAAUAAAAUAUAUUCCAAGACAACCAAGAGACAAAAGCAUGUUGAAGCUUACGAAAUCCCUCUAGCAAACUCUCCUAAAGAUGCGGGUUUGUGGAUAAGAUAUUUGGAGAAUGCUGCUCUAUUCUCAGAUGACAGCCGUCAAAUAUCAUCAAUCUUUUGGCGCUCGUUAGUGAAUGGAAAUUCAUCUACAGGUACUAAGAAUGAAUGGAUUCUGGUGUGGCUCACGUACAUUUACCAACUUUAUGAGAUGGAAGUCGAGGGGCAAGACUUGGAAGAGGUGUUAAAUAAGUUUAUUAGAUGCUAUCCAUUUUCGGCCAUUGGGUAUGCGGAGUACAUCAGAAAUUGUGAAACAUUUAUAAAUGGUGAGGAUAAAUUUGUAAUUAUGAAGUCUAGGGUCAAUGAAAUUGACUUGAUGCACAAAAACAGCUAUAGUGAAUGGGAGGUCAUAGCCUUAGCAAUUCUAUCUUUUGAAUUCCACCAAGUGCUGCGCCAAAAGAAUUUGGACUUUGUACAAUAUAUCUAUGAAGACGCCAUAGCUUAUGUUGAUUUUGCAGUCAAAGAUAAUAAUGACAUUUUUCAUUCAGUAGAAAAAUUAGCUGUUUCGAUAUUUGAAGAAUUGGAUGACAUAGACCAAGCUCAACUGGUAGUUCAAACCCUCUUAAAGAACUUCAAAGACCAAUGUGAGGUUUGGUUGUAUGCAUAUGAAUUUGAAAAAAGGCAUGGAUUUUCAUAUCAGGACAUUUCAGCAUUACUAAAUGAAGCAGCUAGUUUCGCAGCAUCUUUGGAUUGGCCCGAGAGGAUUAUUCAAGAGUGGCUUUUAUACGAACAGGUUUAUGGAGACUUUUUUGUCUACAGAGAAUCACUUACCAGAGCGAAUAAAAUUUUGAAAGAACUUCGUAGUGAAGAUAGAAAGAACCAACGAAUAAAAAGAAAAUUGGAAGAUGAAGCUGUUGACAAAGAAGAACUUAGGAACGCUAAAUCUCGCAAGAGAACAAAUUCAGAGGAAGAGCCAAAAAGGUCAAGGGAAUCAUUUUCAAUUAAAGUAUCAGGCUUGCCUAGCGACUAUAAUCUGGAAAGUGUUGCAAAAUUUUUUGAGGAUUGUGGAACAAUCAGAAGCAUUGAAAAAUUUGAAGAGAAAGAUGGAAGCUCGAAUGCUCUACUUGAGUUUUCCAGCGAACCAGAAGUAUUUGCUGCCUUGACAAAAGAUAAAAAACGCAUCGAAGGAAAUGAAAUAGCGGUUAAAAGAUUAUUAGGGUGCACGUUAUGGAUCAAUAACUUUCCACCUUCAUGGACUAAGCUGCAAAUUCGAGACCUUAUUGACAUAAUGAAAGUUCCAUUUGAUGUACGAUUCCCGUCACAGGUCGGUAAAAAAGCACGAAGGUUUUGCUACGUUGAGUUUACUAAACAUGAAGAUGCCUUAAAGGCACGAGACCUCUUCAAAAACAAAGAAUUGCAUGAUGACGUAUCAAAACGUCUGUACAAUCUUACUGCUGAAAUUUCUUCCCCACCAACUGCAAAAAAAUCGCAGAAUAUAAGUAACAAGGAAAUAUAUGUCUCUAAUCUUGAUUUCAAAACAGUUGAUGAAAACACUCUCCAAAAUUUUUUUCAAAGCUGCGGAGAGAUUGUGAAGAUUACGCUACCAGUCUCUACCAAGAAGCAUUCAUCAGGAAUGAAAAAUGGAGGAUUUGGGUUUAUUCGAUUUGCUGAUGAAAGUGAUGUGGAAAAAGCUCUUGAAUUAAAUAAUAAGACGCUUGAAAAGAGACAGAUUAACAUACAGAGGAUCUCAAACUCUCAGAAGGAUCCCUCUUACUUCAGCGACGAUAGAUCAAUUAGCCUUUUGAAUCUACAGUCAAGUACCUCAGCUCAACAAUUACAGUCAUAUUUAGUGAAAAAUGUUGGUCCCGUUAGCGGAAUUGAAAUGUAUCCCAAAAUAUCCCUGGCACUAGUAGAGUUUCAAAAGGUAUCCGAUUCUGGACGAGCAUCUUUACUUUUAUCGUCGGCAAAGUUCGAUAGCUAUAUGCUAGAGGUAGGUCUGAAAGCCGAUUUGAUAGAAAAGUUGAAUCCGAACCAAAAACAAACAUCUUCAAAGAACAAGCGAAUGAUACCUCCAAUGCUUCAAAGGCGUAGAUAG